UCAAAAAUAUGAAGCAACUGAAUACAUGCUGAAUGCUGUCAGUACUUGAGGCUCUGUGUAUAACAGCAGGAGGAUUCACCAUCCAUCCAGACUUUGACACAUUUCCUCUCAUGCUGCACAUUGUAAACAAACACCCUCCUCCUUUUGUCAUCCAUUCCCAUUGUCAGAGUGUGGAGAUGACCUUUUCUCUCCCCUCUCUGCCUCUCACCCUUCGCAGCCUUUUUCUUUUCCUCCCCUCUCUCUUUCACUGUCGAAGACAAGCUGUUGCUCUGUCCCCGCGGGCCACUCCCUCACUUGUCUGCGCCUCCUUCUCUCCCCUGCUCUCCUCCAUUCUCCCUCUCCCCACCUGUUGAAGCAAUUGUUGCACAGACCAUAUUGUUGUCUUCUUAUUAUUUUAUGUCACUCACAAAGGUGCACGCCCCUUUAUACGGCCCGGUCCUUCCCCUCUGUGCCACACCCUCUCUCCCUUGUCUGUCCCUGCUGGGUAUAAAAGUCAGCGAUGGUAGUUGAAGGCUGAUAUUCAACAAGAAGCCAAAACACACUUCAACAAGGAUUUCCCAGCCUCUGAUUACAUGAAAAAAGCCUCCUCAGGUGACACGGGGACACUAGCUGCUGCCUUUCUUUCCCAUUUGGAAAAGUUCAUAUUUUACCCAGCAGGCUGUGUAUAAGGACAGAGGCAUGUCUGUGUCUCUGUGGUGUGAGGAGGUGGAGGACAACCAGGACCAGAGCCUGACUGAGACACGACCUCAGGGACCCUCAGCAGGCCCGUCUCAGCUGCGGGCCGCCUGGGACCCCACGGUGUCCGGGCAUCGCAUUAUCCAGAGGCUGCUUCAUGUGGAAGAGAGAUACAUGCCCUCCAUGCUCUACAUCACCCUCAUCCAGCGGGACCCAGAGCGUCGGGAGGAGCUCGCCAAAUGGGCCCUGGAGGUGUGCUGUGAGUGUGGCUGUGAUGAGGCGGUGUUCCCCCUGUCUGUCUCUCUGAUGGACAGGUUCCUGUCUGCCUCUUUGUCUCUUCCUGUCUCACCAUACUGCCUGGCUGCCGGCUGCAUCCUCAUCGCCUCCAAACUCACGGAGUGUGACAACGUCACCGCUGAUACUCUGUGCGCUGCAGCUGAAUACAGCUUCCAGCCUUCCAACCUGCGGGAGAUGGAGCGUGUCAUCCUCGCUGCCCUCCGGUGGGACACAGCAGCAGUGACUCCACAAGACUUCCUCCCACAUUUUCUUGCCUCAGUGGAGGAGAGAGGAGAUGGAGGCAGCGGUGACCCUAAGGAGGAGCUGCUCUCCACCCUGCGGCGGCACAGCGACACGCUGGCUGCCAUGUGUGCGUGUGACUCCCGCUUUCUUGGAGCACCGCCGUCACUUGUUGCUGCAGCAUCACUGAACUGUGCUCUGCGGGGUCUGGGCAACAAGGGCCCCGCUCAACUGGCUGUGAUGAGUCAAGCACUGGCAGAGCUCUGCCAAGCUGAUCUGGCAGUACUGCAGUGCUACAGUGACAUGAUUGAAUAUGUCCUCCGGCAGCGGCUGAGGAGUGGGCUUCAGCAGGGCCCCAUGGAGAAGGAUGAAGAGAUGGAGAAUGAAAGACCCGGGACGCCUACUGACAUGAGAGAGAUUGAUUUCUAAACACUGAAUCAACUGUGGCAUAGAAAGUGUGAAUCAAUCAAAAUCUUUCAGCACAUUUCAUCAGUUAAACUGAUAGAAAUUGACUAUGACCUCAAAAUGCUCUGACACAUUUUUAUAUUUUGAAAUUCUGUUAACGAGCGACUGUUAAUUUAUUUUUUAACUUUAUUUAUUCGUGACCAAUUUUGCAACUAUGUGUUUUGCAUGUGCCAUAUUUUAUUAUCUAUUCCUAUUAACUUUA